AUGUUGAAUAAGAUUUGGAGUCUUCUUCACGUUCUCAGUAUCGGUGCCAUAAUAAACUUGCUACAUGGGCAGCCGUAUUACAACAAUCUUGACGGUAAUGAUAAUAGCGGAUCAAACUUGGUAAAUCAGUUACUAAAAUUCGCUAAUGGAAUUGAGAACUUCUACAAGCAGUACCAACAUUACUUAGAUCAAGAAAUACCGGACAUGACACCGCAAUUCGGAGAAACGUAUGAUUUUAUAGUGAUCGGUGCUGGUACGGCCGGCGCAGUGAUAGCCGCGAGACUAAGUGAGAUUUCACAACUGAAAGUAUUAUUGAUCGAAGCUGGUUCCCAUGAAAACCUCUUUGUGGAUACACCAAUAUUUGCUUUUUGGCUGCAGAUGUUGAAUGACAUCCAAUGGAAAUACCAAACCAAGUCGUCUAAUAAAUAUUGCCGUGGCAUGAAAAACAAUAGUUGUCCUUAUCCAAGAGGAAAAAUAGUCGGCGGCAGCAGUGUGUUAAAUUUUAUGAUAGCUACUAGAGGCGGUGUUGAAGAUUAUGAUCGAUGGGCUGCGAUGGGAAACGAUGGCUGGGCAUACAAGGACGUUCUUAAAUAUUUUAAAAAGUUGGAAACAAUUGAUAUCCCGGGAUUGACGUCGGAUAUUGAUUAUCAUGGUACCGACGGACCAGUACAUAUUACUUAUCCGAUAUUUCGUACCCCGUUGGCAAGGGCUUAUCUAGAAGCAGGAAAAGAGCUACGAUAUCCGGUAAUAGAUUACAAUGGGGAAAACGUAAUAGGAUUUUCUUAUCCGCAAACUACUAUCAUGAACGGUACGCGCAUGAGUAGCAAUAGAGCGUAUCUGCAUCCAACGAACAAUCGUAAAAAUCUUCAUAUGACUCUUCAGAGCACGGUGACAAAAGUACUAAUCGAACCUAGCACGAAUCAAGCAAUCGGCGUAGAGUUCGUUAAGUACAAUCAAACUAUACGUGUGUUCGCGAACAAAGAAGUGAUUCUAUGUGCAGGUGCUAUUGGAUCACCGCAAUUGUUGAUGCUAUCCGGUAUUGGACCAGCAAAACACCUAACUGAAUUGAAUAUUAACGUCAUCCACAACGCACCAGUUGGUGAGAACCUUAUGGACCAUCCAGCCUUUUUUGGAUUGACGUGGACAAUAAAUAGUUCAAUAGAUAUACAAGUACUUAAUAUGAUGAACCCCAUUAAUUCAUACGUGACAGAAUAUUUAAUAAAUCGGACCGGACCAUUUACGAUUCCGGGAACAAUUGAGGCUCUCGGUUUUGUCAACACAGAAAAUCCAGAAAAACAUAACGAUUUACCAGAUAUCGAAUUACUUUUUCUCAGUGCAACAAUGAAAGAUAUAUUUUCACCAAUGCUAUUCAAUUUGAAGAACUCAGUACAUCAGGAAUGGCUCAAGUACCGUAACAUCAAUGGCUGGACCGUUGUACCAAUAUUGUUGAAGCCAAAAAGUCGUGGUAGAUUAACGUUGUUAGCUAAUGACGUUAAUAUUAAACCAGAAAUCGUACCGAACUAUUUUGAUAAUCCAGAUGACGUCAGGACAAUGAUAGCCGGCAUUAGAACUGCGUUAACAGUUGGUCGAACAAAGGCAAUGCGUGCGUUCGAUUCUCAAUUAUUAAAUAUUACUUACAUGGAAUGCAAAAACCACAAGUAUGAUUCCGAUGCUUAUUGGGAAUGCAUGAUAAGGCUGUUAUCUUCCACACUCUAUCACGCUUCCGGCACUUGUAAAAUGGGAUCUCGUGAAGAUCCGACUGCAGUCGUCGAUCCCAAAUUAAAGGUAAUCGGUGUUCAGGGAUUACGAGUAGUAGAUGCAUCUAUCAUGCCCGAAAUUAUAUCAGCGCAUACAAAUAUACCUGUUUAUAUGAUUGCCGAGAAAGCCGCAGAUUUGAUCAAAGAAGAAUGGGGUUACUUGGAAAAAUAGCAAUAGUAAUAAGCUUUUAUGAGAGAAAUAAUACAUUAUUUUAUUAUAUUUUUAAUAACCUACCAAAUAGAGAAUUUUGCUCUGGUGACCUUGA